AUGGGUUUACAGGAAAAGAUCAACGCGAACCCAACGGUAUACGCCGUGUCCGCACCAGCGCGCAAGAAGUUCAACGUGGACGAAGAACUUGACGAAAACACCCCUGACCCGUUUGAGCCAGACGAGAUAUUUGAAAUCCUUCGACACGUCAAUGACCCGGAGCAUCCGCUGACACUCGAGCAACUUAAGGUCAUGUCACUGGAGAAUAUCCACGUAGAUGACGCCAACUCGCGCAUUAAAAUUUAUUUCACGCCCACUAUCCCGCACUGCAGUAUGGCAACGUUGAUUGGACUGUGCCUUCGCGUGAAGCUAUUGCGGUCGCUGCCGCCGCGUUUUAAGGUAGAUAUUCUCAUCACACCGGGCACGCAUUCGUCCGAAGCGGCGGUGAACAAACAACUUAAUGACAAGGAGCGCGUGGCAGCUGCGCUGGAGAACUCGCAUUUACUCACAGUCGUGAAUAAGUGCAUUGCCAAUACAGACAAGUAA